ACUGUGGAUUAAAGAUUUGACUGUGUUUCCAUCAUAUUGAAUUGCAAUGUGCUCCACAUCAGUGCUGUGUCCAUUGUGUGCAGUUCCCAGUUUCAACAGCAUCGAUGCCCUCCAGCAGAGGCUGAUCAAGGCGGCCAAUGGACCACUGGCCUGUCCAUUUCCGCACUGCAAGGAGCUCUUUCUGGGCCUCGACAAGCUAACGAUUCAUCUGUUCAGUCACACCAGCUUGAUGAGCACAUCGGAAACAGUUCCUAAGGUAGAACCUCCACCACCAAUAGCAGCAGCUGUCGCGACUGUCGCAGUCACUCCGCCUCCUGCGGCUACAGCCUCCAAGAGGCGUGGCAAAAAGUCACGUGCCAAGACUGUGGAGCAACCGAUGCCAGUUGCGGUGAUGCCAGUGACACCUCCGGCCAGAUGUGAGAUCUGUGAGUUUAAUUUUCGCAACGAUGAGCUGCGAGACAUUCACAUCCGCCUGGUGCAUGAGAAUGGCGAGGGAACGGAACAGUCGGCGGGGCAACAGCAGCAGGAGCCCUACAAGUGUCAUCUCUGCUCAAAGACGUUUCGGAUGAAGGGUUCGCUGCGUGUGCAUCUCAAGGUGUUGCACACGAUUGGCUGCACCAGCAGCAGCAACAACAACAUGGCCACUGGCAAUGGCAACAUCAUAAAUCCCACGCCCAAGAUUAGCAUUUGUGAUCGCAUUCGGCACAAGGAGGCAACAGCAUCCAAUGGCAGUGUGAUCACACCGAGCAUCAGCAACAACAACAACAACAGCAGCAGCAACAACAACACACAACCGUAUGCCUUGAGUGGCGCUAUUUGUAUGCUUAAACAGGAAGUCACAGCAGCGACGGACUCGACGCCCACAUCCGAGUACGGCAGCACGCCCAAGAACUGGGAGUGCGAUGUCUGUGCCAAGCUGUUCACCACCAAGUACUUUCUAAAGAAGCACAAGCGACUGCACACCGGCGAGAUGCCCUAUACGUGUCAGUACUGUGCCCGCACCUUCACCUUUCAGCAAUCCUACCACAAGCAUUUACUCUACCACAGCGAGGUGAAGCCGCAUGCCUGCGGCAUCUGUGGACGCGCCUUCAAGGAGCUGUCUACCUUGCAUAAUCAUCAGCGCAUCCACAGCGGAGAGAAGCCCUUCAAGUGCGAGGUCUGCGGCAAAUGUUUCCGGCAGCGUGUCUCCUUUCUGGUGCACACCCGCAUCCAUACCGGAGUUAUGCCCUACAAGUGUGAUCAGUGCCAGAAGACAUUUCGCUAUAAAGUAUCCCUUCGCACCCAUAAAUGCGCUGUUGGCUCGGAUGAGUCGCAGCAAACUCCCGAGCAGUUGAUUAAAGCCCUUUUGGAAUCCAAUGCGGCAGUGGACACGGUGCCGACAGCUGCAUCUGUGGCCAGCACAGCGCUUGUCGGCAUUCACAUGAACGGCGGGGAUCAGGAGGCGCUGCUAUCUCAAACCAUUGAUGACAUUGUCGUCGAAAGCUGCCAGAAACUGGGCAUUUGUGGUGUGGAGCCACAGCAACAGUCGCAACCACAGCCCGGGAUCAUAAACAACAAUAAUGUGCACUUUGAUGGCAGCAACUCACCAUUGCAGCAAAUGCAGAAUCUCCGUCUCUACUCGCCGCAGCAGACGGAUCAGCCCAGCUCGGAUGGGGAACUCUUUCGUCGCUUUCUAAUGGACGCCACGUGAAUCAAUUAAAUGUUUUUCGGUUUUAUGUGACCAAUUUGUGUAUUUGCCUUAAAGUAUAUUAUAGAAAUGUUGUAA